AUUGAGAAACCCUAGCGAUGCUCCAGAUACGCCUGAGCAAGAUCGGCUCGUCGGACUCCGGCGCCGCCGCCUCUGGCGCGGCGGCUGGGGCGUCCGGCGGCGCCCCGGCGAAGUCCGCUGCCGCGGCAUCUGGUGGCGCCCCGGAAUCGGUGACUGUGGCUUGCCCCGACCACCUGAUCAUCGCGGACCUCGCCGUGGCGAAGAGCCUCGGCGCCGUAACAAACUCCGCCAUCGCCGCGACGCGCGCCAUUGGCCGCCGCUCCCGCCGGCCCCUCGGCGAGCGCGUCCACAUCUGCUCCCGCUGCGAGUUCCCCAUCGCCAUUUACGGCCGCCUCAUUCCUUGCGAACAUGCUUUCUGUUUAGCCUGUGCAAGAAGUGAUUCCAGCUGCUAUCUUUGUGAUGAGCGCAUUCAGAAGAUUCAGACUGUGAAAAUGAUGGAAGGGAUUUUUAUCUGCGCUGCACCUAUGUGCCUCAAGUCUUUCCUUAAGAAAGCUGAAUUUAUGUCUCAUGUACCUGAAGCUCAUGCAAAUCUCCUCCAAAGUAACACGGAGAAAGAAGAACGUAAUGAACCAGAUGCUCCUAACAUCUCCCGUGCUUCUGGAGGAGAUACUCAAAGGCAAUCUCAAAUGCCUGAAAUAUCUACUGCACGUGCUCCUCCAAGGCCGGGUGUUUCACCCACUUCAAGUUCUCACAUGCAAGACCGUGAAGACCGAUCUCGGUACCACCAGUCCAGGGAGAGGGAGCACACCCCACUAAGGCCCCCUAUGCUAAGCAAACCACCAUCAUUCCAUGGUCGCCACUAUCCACCAGGGGAUACUCAGUCUGAAAACAACACACCUCAAGGAUUUGACCGUCCCUACAGCUGGGGUCAUGACGGCACACCUGGUGCAACUCCACUUCGCCAAGAACCCGACCAUGGUACUCAAGACAAGCAGCAAGUGAUGCCGAAUUCACCUUUCAUGUUCUCUCCAAUGCAUCCUCAUCAGCAAAACUUUAUGAUGCACAUGAAUAUGAAUCAGCCUUUAAUGCCCAAUGCAUCAUUCAGUUACCCUGUCCAACAAGAUGGGAAUCCGCAGUACUUCAGUGCUCCUUUCCAGAUGCAACUGCCAGAUGCUGGGUCAGAUCAAGGUUCGGUGUCAGGGCCUGAGGGGCUUCAGCGCCCAUGGGGCAUGGGGUUGAUGGGCAAUCCUUCUCAAGGAGGUGGCGGCAUGGCCUUCAUGCCAGCUGGUUUCGGGAUGAUGCCUGACGGCUCGAUGAAUCCAGGCAUGCAAGGUAGGGAUUUCCAAGGCCAAGCUGACCGUGGUGACGGAAGGGGCGUCCAAGAACAGUUACCUAUGGUGAUGCAAAUGCAGAUGUCGCUCCCCCCACCUCCUCCUACACAACCCCCAUCGUCUGGACAGCAGUCUUUCAACAGAACUUGAUGAGUUUUUUUGCAUGCCAAUUUUGUGGCUGCUGCCAAAAUCGUGCUGUACUGCGUUGGGAAAUUGCAAUUUUGCCAUCUUGGCAUGUAACUGAUGAGCACUCUGAUGGCAGCCUAUAUUGUGCUAUAAACAAUGCAACUUAAUCGAGUUGUCAUAUGCUGUUUGUGAA